UUGUAUUCUAGUUUAUUCAUAAUCUCUGAUUUGAAGUUUAUACAAUGUCUGUAAGAACUGUGUUUUUAACAAUUUUACUCAAUGGCUUUUUACAUUCAGAGGGAUUUUUCAUAAACAGCAGGGAUAUUCGAAAAUUUUUCAAUUUCAUCCCAACCUUAAAUGAUUUCUAUCGAAGAGACUCUGGUUUGGCAAAUAGUUUCAAGGAACGAAGGCAACACAAAAAAUAUGAGAACAGCAUCAAUGAAAAAUUAAACAAAUUACAUGAGUGUACCAGAGAAAAACCUGGUCAUAUCUUGGAUUACGAUUAUUACGAAGAUUCUACGACAAAUGAACAUUAUGGCCACCCUGUUGAAAGCGAUAAGAAACAUCAGCAAAGACAUUAUGGGCGCUUAGAGUUUGAAAGAUUACAAGAGUUGGACAACAAGAUCAAACGUGGAGUGAUAAGAUUGAUAGAAGUGAAAAACAAAAAACCAGACGAUUCGAAAAAUCGUUAUGUAUCAUCGCUCUCAAUACCGGCUAUUGAUGCUCAUGUGAUAAAUAGCGAUUAUGUUUUUAAUAAUGACGAACAUUUUCUGCAACAAGGAUCUUUCAGAAAUAUAAAACAACAUGGAAGUCUUCUCGAGGGUGAGCUAGAUUAUUUUAAAUGA